CGUCCUCCGAAUUGAACCCAACCGAAGCGCAGCCAGCAGCCCUCCCUCUCUGGUAGAGUGGUGGUAGCCUCCGUCCGGUCCAUCGAUCCCCUAGAAAAGAGCAAACCGAGCCCCAAACAGGCAAAGGAAACGCCACGCUAGGGGCGCGGAGCGGCUAAGCGCCCAGCACCAAACGGAAAGGAAGGAAUCCUCCGCUCUCUUUCCUCCAUUUGCACUCUCUCUCUCUCUCCCUCUCUGCCCUCGCCACCAACUCCUCUUCUUCCCUACCACGCUGACGCGGCGGCACUGGUUUCUUUCCGCCGUCCCGUCCUCGCUCGCUCGCCCUCUCUCGGCCCCCCUCUCUCUCUGUACAUCGCAGGCGUACCGAAAAUAACUCUGGUACUCUGGCAGUGGAGUGGUAAAAUCUACUAAAGCGAGCGAGUGAGUGAACAGUGGAGGCGGCAGCGGCAGGGGUGGAGGUGGAGGUGAGGUGGUUCCCUCUCCGCCCGCCCGUCUCGGCAAUUAUUGCCACCUUUGGAGUUUGGAGUCCUCCAAUAGGAGUCUCCUCCUGUGUUGUCUGCAACCACUGUCCUCACCUCACCUCCCUCCCCCCUCCCUCCUCGCCCUCACCCUCUCUCUCUCCGCCCAUCUCUAACUUUCUCUCAUCGGGGUUGGUGCUGCUGCUAGCUCUUCUUCACUCUCCACUGUUGUCUUCCUUCUCCGCCCAUCCAUCCGUCCUCCGCCCUCGCUUUAAAGCUCAAACCGCCCCGGCAAGCAAGCUGGCAGUAGCACUAGACCAGUAGUAGCAGCUCACUUCCUCAUCUCCUACCCCUGGUGGUGGUGGUGGGUGGUCUGGCUCCUCCAUACUUAAUUGCAUGCUCCUGCUUUGAUCUCUCCGUCCGUCCUCCCGCUACCCGCAUCCAUCCAUCGAUCUCACUUUUCUCCCGUCCUCCCAAGCUCUUGCUUCCAAUCAACUCCUCUUGCUGGUGCGUUGCUCACUGUACUCUCUCCCUCUUCUUCUUCCUGGGCGAGGACCGAGGAGAGGGGUGGGCGGUUCUUGUCCGCGUACGGCCAGUAGAGGAGAGCCUUUUUAAGCCCCACCAUUUCUUGAUCGUCCGUCGGCGGGUCCGACCAGGAGAGGAAUUCUCUGAACGUUCGUGCGUGCGGGCGUACGUGUGUAUUUGGCAUGGAUUCUUGGGAGCACAAGAUGCCUUCGUGGGACCUCGGCACGGUGGUCGCGCCCAGCGGCGGCGGGGGAGGAGGAGGCGGUGGCGGCGGCGCGCUGGACCUGAAGCUCGGCGCACCCACGAGCUGGAGGCCGGUCCCAGCGGCGGCGGCGGCGGCCGCUGCGGUGGUAUCGGUGCAGCAGCAGCAGCAUCCGCCUUCCGCGGUGGCGGCGCCGGCGAAGCGGGCCCGGGCGGGGCAGGGGCAGCAGACGGUGCCGCCGUGCUCCGUGGAGGGGUGCACGGCCGACCUGUCCCGGUGCCGCGAGUACCACCGCCGGCACAAGGUCUGCGAGGCGCACUCCAAGACGCCCGUCGUCGCCGUCGCCGGCCAGCAGCAGCGCUUCUGCCAGCAGUGCAGCAGGUUCCAUUUGCUCGGGGAGUUCGACGAGGUGAAGAGGAGCUGCAGGAAGCGGCUCGACGGCCACAACCGGCGCCGCCGGAAGCCGCAGCCGGAUCCCCUCAAUCCUGCCGGCUUGUUCGCUAAUCACCACGGAGUGACAAGAUUCGCGUCGUACCCGCAAAUCUUCUCCCCGACGUCCAUGGCGGAGCCCAAGUGGCCCGGCGGCAUCGCGGUGAAGACGGAGGCCGACGCGUUCCACGAGCAGUACUACUCCUUCAGCGGCGCCGCCUCCCUCUUCCACCACGGCAAGCCGGAGAGGAAGCACUUCCCCUUCCUGACCGACGGCGGCGGCGAGGCCGCGUUCGGCUGCCAGCCGCCGGCCUUCACCAUCACCCCUUCCUCGGAGAGCAGCAGCAACAGCAGCCGGCACAGCAACGGCAAGACCACCAUGUUCGCCCACGACGGGGGCCCGGACCACAACUGUGCUCUCUCUCUUCUGUCAGACAGCCCGGCGCCGGCGCACAUCAUGGUCCCCGCGGAGCAGGCGCAUCAUCUCGGCGGCGGCGGCGUGACGAUACAGUACGGCGGCGGCGGCAAGGUGGCGCGGCUGUCCAGCAACGGCGACGUCUCGCUCACCGGGCUGUCUUACGUGAGCCUGGGAGACAAGGGCGCGCCCAUGUUGCACGCGUCUAACAGAUCACAGCACGCCGCCGCUACCGCUACCACUGCCGUCACUACCAGCACAGAGGCGGCUCCGGCGGCAUCCCAGCUCCAGCAGCAGUACCAUGGAUACUACCACCACCAACACCAAGUGAGCGCUGAUCAGGGGAACCACCCGGAUGCAGGCGGGAUGCAUGCCCUACCCUUCUCGUCAUGGUAGUCGUCUCAUCAGUCAGACUCAGAUCCUAGGCAGUUGGUGUUGGUUAUCAAUCAUCAAAUGUGUCACCUGAUAGUGUUAGCCCUGAUGAUCCUGAAGAAAUCACCCAAGAUGUGUCCAUUUUGCAACUUCUCUUGAUACUCCUAACUUAUGGAAAUCCCCGCCUGCUUAUGAUUCAGAACUGGACUACGACGAUUCUAUUUUGUAUCGGUUGGUUUGUUCAUUUUGGCCGGCGUGCACUUGGCUUGGUAGGGUUACAUCAGCAGAGAGUACACAGGAGGAUUUAUUUAACUGUACUAAACAGUGGAGUUAGCAUAAAAAUAUUCAGGUCAUUGUUAUUUAAA